AUGAUACCAACGGUUCAAAAUCAAGCUAUGCUGCAGCAACAAGGCAUCGCCGGGAAGCCAACCGCAGAGAUGGUCAAAGCUCUCCAAGACGCACAACUAAAUUUUCUAUCGUGGCAAGAUUCACCCCUGCUGUCUUCCAGACCUAUCUGCCGCACGAGCUUCGAGUCCGACCGAAGUUCUCUGCAUUCGAUAUCUGGUGGACGGCCCUUCGUUCGCCCACUCCCCGCGAUCCCACACCCAUCUGCCGCUGCACAUUUACCAGCACCGCGUUCAGCCCCUCCGACGUUUUGGGAUAAACCGGUUGUUCACCAAUCGCAAACACAACUUUCCCCACGUCCACUUCCUCCGCUGCCCCCGCUGUCGCCUGUACCGUCCUCUGAUGGCAAGGAGUCCUUCUUAGCUUGUGACCCCCCGUCACCGUGCCCCGUUUAUUUUACCUCGCCUUUUGACGAAAAUUUUGAGGAUGGGUGCAAGUCGACUUUACCCUCCUUUUUUCCACCGAAGCUGGAUUCGGUAUGGGCCUAUGCGGAUAGUGGUGUUCCCCCAGAAGUUCCUUCCCCGACGACGGCUCAGCGGAGACGCGUUGCUAAAUUGCGACGACAUUUAGGAGAGAGCGUGGUUGACCUUUUGGUUGAUCGUGGCGACACUCCCCAGCUCGGUGCAGGCCACUCGAGGUCGAUGUCCCUUUUAGGUUCGUCGGCUGACCACGGGGGUUAUUCCUCUAUAAUCAACCACUGCCGUUCUGCACAUGGACAUGGGGCCAAUUCUGCGGAGACGAGUGAGGAUGAGGAAGAGUUUGAGGAUGUGGUAUCUCAGGAACAUGAGGGUGAGGAAGAGGGCGAGCAAGCGGAUUACUCGUGGAUCUUAUCGAAUGGGAGGGUUGUCCAGACUUCCCGUAGGAAUCGAUAUAGGAAGAAAUGGGUCUUUGAGAAGGGAGGUCGGAGAUGGGUUGUGGAUGGUUAUGAAGAGGUCCUUCAUGCUUUGCGGACGUUGUAG